CUGCGGAAGCCGCGGCUGUAAACAAAGCGGCGGGUCCGAUGAAGACAAACUGAGGAAUAAGAAACGAUCAGAAAUCACGCAGAAUCAGUUCAAACGGACCCGGAACCGAGAGUCCGAGUGAUGGAGCUCCGCGAGGACUGAACCAGAACCGGAACCAUGUCUAUGGAAGAUCCGUUCUUCGUCGUCAAAGGUGAGGUGCAGAAGGCAGUGAACGCAGCACAGAGCCUCCACCACAGAUGGAGCGAGCUGCUGCAGGAGGGGGGCAGAGCCUCCAAAGAGGAAAUGGACUGGACGACCAACGAGCUGAGGAACAGUCUGCGGUCCAUAGAGUGGGACCUGGAGGACCUGGAUGAGACCAUCAGCAUCGUCGAGUCCAACCCGAAGAAGUUCAACUUGGACGCUGCUGAGCUGUCGAAGAGGAAAGCCUUCAUCACCAGCACCAGACAAACGGUCAAGGAAAUGAAAGAACAAAUGUCGAGUCCAGCUGCCGCCUCCAUGGACAGAAAGAACAAACAGGAUCUGCUCGGUGAUCAUGGCGCUCAGGCUCCUGUCUGGCAUCCGGUCCCAGAUAAGUAUCGGCAACUGGACAGCCAGCUGCAGAACGCCAACUCUCAGUUUAUCGAAGAGCAACAGGUGCAGCAGCAGCUGAUCGCAGAGCAGCAGGACGAACAGCUGGAGCUCGUGUCAGGAACCAUCGGAGUCCUGAAGAACAUGUCAGAGAGGAUCGGCAUGGAGCUGGAUGAACAGGCUGUGAUGUUGGACGACUUCAGCCAUGAGAUGGACAACACUCAGUCCAGACUGGACAACGUCAUGAAGAAACUGGCCAAAGUGUCCCACAUGACCAGCGAUCGUCGUCAGUGGUGUGCGAUCGGUGUGUUGCUCGCAAUCCUCUUUGUCGUCAUCCUCCUGUUUUUCAUCCUCUGAUGGAUGCCUCCACUCGUCAGCCCCACAUUCGUCUGACGCCUGCGUCUACUGGACUCUAUUGGACUCCGCCGGACUCUAUUGGACUCCGCCGGAUUCUGCUGGACUCCGCCGGACUCUGCUGGACUCCACCGGGUUCUGCUGGACUCCGCUGGAGUCUUUACCCUCUGACGUCUGAUCCUCCUCCAAUCAUGUUCAUACAUUUCACAAAUUUGUAUCAUCAACCACAAAUUUGCUUCAAUGGGUUUUAAAGUCUGUUCAACAAACAUCUGAUCUGAGACGCUCAGAUCGAUGUCCCACCCUCUGUUACAUUCUGCUGGACCUCUGGACUCUGCUCCUGAUCAGUCUCAUUAAUCGCACUAAAGCUGGACUCUUAAAGACUCCUCUGGAUUGUACUGGUAUUUACCAGACUCUCCUGGACUUCCUGUCUCUGCUGAGUGGGACUGUAAAGUGUCUGACAGAGGUCAAAGGUUAAAUAGGUGGAAUGAUGUGAGUCCUUUAACAUUUCCUGUUUUAGGAAAUUCAGAGAUUCAGAUUCAGAGAACUUUAUUGUCAUUCACUUUACGUCCUACGUUUGUAUAAUGAGCGAGAUUUCAUUGCACAUUUCCCUCCUUAAAACCAGUUUAACUCCAGUUUAACUCUACUUUAAAACCAGUUUAACUCCAGUUGAAUUUUAUGGUUAAUGCAGUUCAAUCUUCUCCAUUUAAACUCAGUUUAACAUGAACCACUUUGACUCCAUGCUAACUCUGGUUUAAUUCUCAUUUAAACUCCAGUUUGUUUGGUGAGAAGUUGGAGCUCGAUCUUUUAAUCUGAAAACACUAAAGCUGUGUUUGAGUUGAUGUUUUUUUUUGUUUACACUUUGUUUUUUGUUUUUAUUGACAUUAAGUGACUGAAAACUUUACUGAUUUUAUUUUAUCUAAUUUUCUUCAGUGGUUUAUUUUCUUUAGUUUUUUCGUGAUCGUUAUUGAUCCGCAGACUCACCAGUGAUUUAUUGAUCAGUGGAUUUUUCCACUGUUAAAUUGUUACUUAUUCAUACUACACACUUCCUGCUGCUGCUUCACAAUAAAAGCCUUUCUCUGGGAACCUCUGGAAGGCUAUAACAUUUAUAUUUAUUCAUUUGCAGACACUUUAAUCCAACUCAGGAUUCAGUGUCUUGGUCAGGUUCACCUCGGCACGUGAAUCGGCGGAGUCUGGGAUCAAACCACCGACCCUGCCGUCAGCGGACAGCGGAGGCGUGAAGCAGCAGCAGGAAAUGCAGUCCUUAAAUCUGCGAGUGAGACAUUGGCUGAAAUCAGACUGACAGCUGCCGGAGGAAGCAGCCAAUCACAUCGUGGUUAUCAGGUUUAUGGUACGCUCGGCAGGAGAGUCUCAUCUUUACCAACGUAAAAAUGUUUCCUGCUCCCGUUUGAAUAAAAUCACAGCGUUGAGAUAAAAACUCAUUAAAAGUUGAGUUAAACGUUUUAACACUAACGUGAUGAAUCCAUCCACUCGUCUGCUUCACGUUUCAUGUUCCUCUGUCGGAUUCCUGUGAUCCUGAAGCUGCACACGUCCUCAGUGUUUCCUGUAAACUGAAAAUAAAACUCAGAUUGUGAU